AUGCCCCCGUCCAAGAGGAAAGCUCGCCGCAAACCCACCGAACUCCCAGAGUCCUCGGAGCUUGACCUUCCAGACUCUUCCCCGUCACGUCCUUCGGCAAAGAAGCGCAAGGUUGUUUCUCUUCCCCCGCGCCUUUCCACUCACAAGGCGACACAGAAGCUGACAUGCUCGCAAAAACAGGUCAAUGGGUCUCGUGCUGCGCCCGCCAGGAAGAAGUCCGUCACUCCCGAACCGGAACCUGAGCCCACACAUGCGCUGGACUCAAGCGACGACGACACGGAAGAAAUAUCUCGAAGCGAUCUCAUCGACUCGGUCGUCUCCUACCUGCAAGUCUCCAAGGAACCCAUUGUCGCGAGAACCGAAUACUCCAACGACAAGGUACAGAGUAACAGUCCGCAGAAGGUGUCGGCGUACGCGAAGAUUGCUGGUCGGGACUGGACCUACUUUGUGCGCGAACAAUCCGUCAAUUUUGGGAGACCGCCAGACGACCGCCCGAACUUGAACGGUGCUUCGAGUCCUAUGGCCGACCUGAAGGACGUACUGCCGGUCCAUAUCGAUCUUGGCCCAAGCAAGAUUGUUUCUCGGCAUCAUGCCUCGAUCUACUACGACGCGGAUUAUCCGGUGGAUGAAGGUGGCUGGCACGUCCGAGUCAACGGUCGGAACGGAGUUCGCGUCAAUAACGUCCUCAUCAAGAAGGGGUUGAGAAAACAGAUCAAGUCAGGCGAUAUUUUGGAGAUCGCCGGGACGCAAAUGAUGUUUGUUACCCCAGGCGACAAAGUCGAGAUUGAUCCAUACUUUAUCGAACGUGCCAAAGCCCUAGCUGCAGGCGAGGAAAUCAGUCCUACUCAACCUCAGCCUGAACCCGCCCACUAUGAAGUUUCAGCCGGACCAGCUCCAAGUUUCCCUUCUCUGGCCCCGGCGCCUCCCGAUUUCAAACGCGAAGCUACACCGCCCGCACAAACCGCGGAUGGCAAAUCUCAGCGAGGAGUUUUCGACAGCAAAAUGCCCAUGUCGCCCAUGUAUGGCCGGGGGAUGAUGAUGGAAAGUACCCAAGAGAUCGACUACAGCCGGGACAGUGCUAAGGACCUGAAGCCACCCUUCAGCUACGCAACCAUGAUUGCCCAGGCUAUUUUCUCGAGCGAAGAGGAGAAGUUGACCUUGAGCAACAUUUAUUCGUUCAUUGCUGACAAGUAUGCCUUUUACCGCCACUCGAAUAGUGGCUGGCAGAAUUCUAUCCGACACAAUCUCUCGCUGAAUAAAGCAUUCCAAAAAGUUCCUCGGCGAACCGACGAGCCUGGAAAGGGCAUGAAAUGGCAGAUUGCCCCAGAAUUCCGUCAAGAGUAUUGGAAGAAACAAGCCCGCCGCGGAGGCUCUGCUCCGUCCUCGCCGGCUUCUGGCAAGGAAGUCAAUCCCAACUUCAGAGGGCCGAAUGGUCAGAACCUUGGUUAUGAUACCAGUAUGGUCAGCCAGUUCUCUGCACGAGAUAUGUCCGACCGAGCGGGGCCUCCCGCCUCUGCAAAGUUGAGCCUCCCAUUUCCUCCUUUCAAUCCAAGGCAACAACCGUAUCCGCCCAGUCCCAGUUUGGCACCGCCCACCUCGCAACCAGGAGAGGCUGUCACACCUCAAAGGCGGAGAACGGACACACAGAAUACGAUUCCGGAUAUGGAUCUCGAGGAAUCGCCUUCCCGGUAUGGCAAUGCGGCACCAACACCGCAUGUCCGUAACAAUGUACCCAUGUAUACGCUGCCAUCGUCUGUCCCGCCUCCUCAUCACUCGCCGACGAACCCCACCCUGUCGUCCUCAUACCUGGACACCCCUUUCCAUCCGUCACAGCAUAGCAUAAUUACGCCUGCGCCACUGCGACAGAACCCCCGACUAGCUCCUCCAAGUACUCUGGUUGCUCCUAGCAAGUUUAUGCCAGAGUCAUCACCUGCAGGUCCUCAAGGGCUCUUCUGGAAGGGUAUCAUGGGCGCAACACCGGGCCAACCGCUGCCUGAUCUGUCCCCAGUCAAGGAUGAAGAUCCCCGAACCAAUGGAAUUGACAGAACCGUGAUGAGUUCGAGCCCGCCACCUAUGGAUGCGAGCAUGGGCAGUCCGAGCAAACCGGCCCGGAGUAGUCAAGCCCCUCACAGCUCAAGUUCGGCCAAGAAGAGGGACGAGAGUCCUGCAAAUCCACCGAGGCUGAACGGAGCGGCGGUUGACGAGGAUGGGAAGCUCACCCGCAGUUUCCCAGGCAGUGGGAUUCCGGCGACCGGAGUAAAUGGUCAGAUGGGGCCCAGCCGGUUCAAUACACACCUCCCUGCGAACAAUGCAGAAACGACUACGAAUCGUGAUGUCGACGACGAAGAUGGCGAUGGCGGAUUUGACUUGGCCAAAGGGUUUGCACCCAUUGCAGGGGGGAGCUUCCAUUCUCAGAGAAGUGGUAGCCUGGGUGUUGCGAGAGCUGGAUCUCCAGCCUUGGUCUUUCUCACCACGCCAUCCUUCACGCACAUCGCUCCCGAAUCGGGCUCGCUCAUCUGCUACGUUUCCCCUUCAAAGACUGCUACAAGGCCGCAGCAGAAGCAGCAGCAGCAGCAGCAGGAGGAGGAGGAGCUGCUCCCAUCCAGAUCCGCCAUGUUUCGCCGUCUUCCCCACACGCUCCCUCCGGACCCGGUCUUUGAGCCGGACCUGGCCAAGUUGGGCUUCUUCAUUAAUGGUGAGGAUCAGAUCCGCUCGGUCCAGAGUCCCGAUCGCAAGUUCCAGUACAAGAUCAAUCGGAAUGAGCGGUGGAACGAGGUCCACAAAUCUGCGGUCCGCAAGAUCAUCAGCGACCGGCUGGCCAGUCUGGGCUGCGAUACCGUCCGACUACCGCUCGGCGCAGGAGAGUCAGAGAAUCACGUCCCCAUCCUCGUGUCCAAGGAUAUCGCCACAAAGAGUCGAGUGACCGUCUUCUUCGGCGACAGGAAUCUAGAACCAGGCAUUUUGAGCUGGCGCACGAUUGGCGAGGCUGGAAUCAAACACGGUUCGCUGGUCGAAUUCUCGGAGGCUCUCUUGUCUGUCCCGGUCCUUGAGACGACGCCUACAUCGAAGUCAACCUCUCUGUCUGUGCCUGGCCUCAUUGUCGCAAAUCCGUGUCAGUUGCUCUGGUACCGUGGUGGUGGUCGGGCCGUGUCACCCUAUGAAUGGCUUUGCUUGCCGAGACCGAGCGCGGUUCAUGAGGCUCCAAGAGUGGACAAUGUCAAAAACAAAAUUCCUGGCAAUUGUGACUACGUCGAGCAUGUGUCCUACAUGUUUGAUAAGGUGAUUCCGAGCUUGGUCGACAAGGACGCAAAACUGGAUCUUAUUGGGCUGGAGUACACCGGAUCAGCGAUGAUGGAAUAUCUUGGGAAUUCAUGGUCCGGUCGUAUCAAUGGCAUCUCCUUGGUUGUGCCCCAACACAAGGAACCAGAUCUCGUCGCCAGUGGCGCACCCAGCGACUUCAUCAACUUCAUGAGCAAGCGUUGUCGAGCGUACCUUGUCUCCCCGUCUCCCAUCGAGACACCGAUCGCUGGUCGCGAUGAGUUGGGAUGCAACUGCUACGCCAGUGGAGAGCACAUGGAUCCGGUGACCGCGAUCGUGAGAUGCUGGAGGCAUAUACUAGAUUGGUUCAACAUGCUGUAUGUGAAUCCGGACUAUGAGGAACCCGAGUUCGAGGUGAUCAAAGAAGAUGAAGAAGUGAAUCUUGGCUGGUAG